AUGCAGGCGGACUCAAAGAAGGACAAAAAUGCGAACCCAAUGCGCGAGUUGAAGAUUGAGAAGCUAGUCCUGAAUAUCUCAGUCGGGGAGUCUGGUGAUAGACUCACUCGUGCGGCGAAAGUGCUGGAGCAGCUCUCCGGUCAAACACCUGUCUACAGCAAAGCACGCUUCACAGUCCGAACAUUUGGUAUCCGUCGCAAUGAAAAGAUCGCCGUGCACGUCACAGUCCGAGGUCCCAAGGCAGAAGAAAUCCUAGAGAGAGGGCUGAAGGUCAAAGAGUACGAGCUGAGGAAGAAGAACUUUUCGGCAACAGGCAAUUUCGGCUUUGGUAUCAGCGAACACAUUGAUUUGGGCAUCAAGUAUGACCCUGCGAUUGGUAUUUACGGAAUGGACUUCUACUGCUGCAUGACGAGACCAGGUCAGAGGGUCGCAAAGCGUAGACGAGCACAAGCGAAGAUUGGUGCAAACCAUCGCAUCAACCAAAAAGAGACGAUGAAGUGGUUCAAGACGAAAUAUGAAGGUAUCAUUAGGGGUGAGUAA